ACCCUUUCUACCUCGAGCAUUGCUUCCACCAGUCAUCAUCCUAGGGUUUUUGAGUGCUGUCUAAUUCGGAGGUUGAAGCGAGUGCUGUCUCUUUCUCCGCAGCUUCUAAUGAAGGUCAAAGUCAUAUCACGUUCCGUCGAUGAGUUCACCCGAGAACGAAGUCAAGACCUUCAGAGGGUGUUCAGGAAUUACGAUCCCAGCCUUCGUCCUCAAGAGAAGGCGGUGGAGUAUGUGCGUGCCCUUAAUGCAGUGAAGUUGGACAAGAUUUUUGCAAGACCAUUCAUUGGAGCACUGGAUGGGCAUGUGGACGCUGUUUCGUGUAUGACGAAGAACCCUAGUCAGUUGAAAGGGAUAUUCUCCGGUUCAAUGGAUGGAGAUAUUCGUCUUUGGGAUUUAGCUGCAAGACGAACAGUUUGUCAGUUUCCUGGUCACCAAGGUGCUGUACGAGGCUUGACAGCAUCUACAGAUGGACGCAUUCUUGUGUCAUGUGGAACUGAUUGCACUAUCAGACUCUGGAAUAUUCCUACUACUAUGGAGUCAGAUGACUCAACUAAGAGCACUGCCGAGCCAGCAAGUGUUCAUGUUUGGAAAAAUGCAUUUUGGGGUGUUGAUCACCAGUGGGAUGGUGAGCAUUUUGCCACAGCUGGUGCUCAAGUCGAUAUAUGGAAUCACAACAGGUCUCAGCCGAUAAACAGUUUUGAAUGGGGGUCAGAUACAGUAAUUUCUGUCCGGUUUAAUCCUGGAGAACCAAAUCUCUUGGCCACCUCAGCUAGUGAUCGGAGCAUAAUUCUGUAUGAUUUACGCAUGGCUUCCCCAGUGAGGAAAAUGAUAAUGAUGACCAAAACCAAUUCUAUAUCUUGGAACCCAAUGGAACCCAUAAAUUUUACAGCUGCAAAUGAAGAUGGUAACUGCUAUAGCUAUGACGCUAGGAAGUUAGAUGAAGCUAAAUGUGUACACAAAGAUCAUGUUUCUGCAGUGAUGGAUAUUGACUACUCGCCAACUGGACGGGAGUUUGUCACUGGAUCUUAUGAUAGAACGGUGAGACUUUUCCAGUUUAAUGGUGGUCACAGCAAGGAGAUUUAUCAUACAAAGAGAAUGCAAAGGGUAUUUUGUGUCAAGUUCAGUGGCGAUGGAAGUUAUGUGAUUUCAGGAAGUGAUGACACUAACCUUAGGCUUUGGAAGGCAAAAGCAUCAGAGCAACUUGGAGUUAUUCUCCCAAGGGAACGGAAGAAGCAUGAGUAUCAUGAGGCCAUAAAGAAACGAUAUAAGCACCUCCCUGAAAUUAGCCGCAUUGCAAAACAUAGGCACUUGCCAAGACCAAUAUACAAAGCUUCCAAAUUAAUGCAUGUUAUGGCGGAUGCUAAGAGAAGGAAGGAAGAGAAGAGGAAAGCUCAUAGUGCUCCAGGGAGUAUCAAAACACAGCCAUUACGGAGACGAAGAAUUAUCAAAGAAGUUGAGUAAGGUUUUUCUGAGCCGGUGCCUGAAAAAAGAUCCAGCUAAUAUUUAUGAGUUGGCAUGUGUUAUUAUACUGAUGUCAGCAUGCAUGCAUGCAUGCUUUUACAGUUUUAUGCUUGGAUAGCUGUGUUGCAUGUUUAGUAUAGUCUGGCAUCCUAUAUUGUUAUGUACGUAGCAUAUUGUUGGAACGAGUAGCUUAUAAUGCAAGAAAUUUUGGUUUAUUCUGGA